GAGUGAAAAUCCCCCACAGUGAUGUAUUUACGCUCAAAGUCCAUCUCGGGGGUAAAGCUGUUUUGUGAAAGUCUUGCGUCACACAUCGUGAGUUUGUGCCAAAUACGUCUUAUAUCGAUGUUUGUCACGGUUCUUGUUUGCUGCAAGUUGUAUUUGCAGUUGCAUCGUUGAUCCUUAGUCGCUUACUGUUUGUUGUCAUGUGUAAGAAGGAUAGAACUGGUCCCAGAACAGCGGGCACGGUGUUGUGCUUAUUAGUGUUUGUUAGGUUUUCAAGCAUAGAAGUGGAGAAGAAGGCUAGAGAGUGAUUGACUAAAGAGGUAAAGUGAUAGAAAGAGGGAUGGGGGAGAGAGAGAUAGAGAGAGAUAAAGUUUUAAAGCUACGAUGUCCCUGGGUACUCUAUCCUGGGAGGUGUGCUCUCUCGUCUACUUUAAAGGGACAAAACGCAGUACACUCCACCAUUCCACUGGGGAGGUUCUAUACUCUCACACACACACACACACACACAGAGAAUUGUUUUCUGAGAGGGACUCAUACAGAUACUCACAGAGGAUAUGCCACACUGUGUUGUGUUGGAUGGACCGGCCCCGUGGGGCUUUCGUCUUAUCGGAGGAAAGGACUUUAACCAGCCUCUAACUAUUGCCAAGAUAUCCCCAGGCAGCAAGGCGUCAGUGGCUGACCUGUCCCCAGGUGACAUCAUUCUGGCCAUAGACGGCGUCGCCGCCGACAACAUGAUGCACUGCGAGGCUCAGAAUCGCAUCAAGGAAGCGGCAAUGCGACAGCUGACCUUAACCAUUGAGAGGCCAGAAGUCAGGCUGUGGUCCCCUCAGGUAAGAGAAGACGGCAGAGCGCACCCUUUCAGAAUCAACCUGGAGUCUGAGAGACAGGAGUACAGACCAAUAGGCACAGGCCACAACCGGAGGCCCACCCCCUUUGUGGCGGCAGCCAACCUUGACGACAAGCGGCAGGUGGUCAGCUCCGCCUACAACUCCCCCAUUGGCCUUUACUCUUCAGGCAACAUUCAGGAUGCCUUACACGGACAGCUCAGGGGCCUGAUGCAAAACAAGCCAGAGAGUCCUAGGACUCUGACCUCUAUAGAGGAGUCAGAUGUGUACCGCAUGCUGCAGAGAGAUCAGGAAGAGGAGGAGCCUCAUGAGCCCCGCCAAUCAGGAUCCUUCAAAGCCCUUCAGGACUAUAUUAACAGUGAAGGAACACGUCCAAUAGUGACGAGGACAGUACAGGCCCCCACCACUAAGACUCAAGCCCCUACAGGCAAUCUGCACAAGCUGCCCAUGUGUGACAAGUGUGGUAAUGGCAUAGUAGGGACGGUGGUGAAGGUGCGGGAUAAGUAUCGGCACCCUGGCUGUUUCGUCUGCUCGGACUGCGAGGAGAACCUGAAGCAGAAAGGUUACUAUUUCGUAGAUGACCAGCUGUACUGCGAAAAUCAUGCCCGUGUGCGAUCGCGACUCCCCAUCACUUCAGAGUAGGGAACACACACACACACCAGAAUCCAACAAGAUUGCACUUUUAUGUUCUCUUAAUUCUUUAAAUGCACAUAGGCACACUUACACACACACACACAGACAACCAGCACCAUGGUUUAUUCAUGAGAAAUGCACAUGCAUGUACUGAUUGUAUUGAACGGCAACAGAUCUUUUUUUUUUUUUUUUUUGUGUGUGUGUGUUUGAACUGUUUGUGUAUUCUGUUUUUGCACAUAAUGUAGCAACAAGCAAUUGUGGCUACUUAUUUCAAAAGACAUGUCUGUGUGGUCCAUGGACUGGUCCACUAUUUCUAUUUAUCUCCCUGCAUGACACUGGAGGUGUAGUGAAAAAGAUCACUCCAGCCCACCCCCACUGUUUUAGAAGAAUGAUUUAGUUAAAAAAUAUUCUACUUGCAGACACUGUAUCAGCUUCCAAACAUUGUUAGCAUUUAGGAACAAACCAUUCCUUUAACUUGAGAAGAUGGCGAUUGGUCACAGCUAGUGAUAUGUGUGCUGUGAUUGGUCAGUGUUUUGCAUUGAUUACUGUGUCCACCCUCUUUAGCAUGAAUAAAAGAGUUUCUAAAGCGG